AUGAACCACAAGAACACGUCGUGCGUGGCUUUGCUGCAGGCAGUUCUGUCGAGACCCAGAGCCGCGCCGGGGCCCGCGGUGUGGCGCUGCCUCUUCCAGGUGACUGCUGGCGACAGAAAGGAGGUGAAGACUGCGCUGGAGCCUGGCUCACUGGAUAAUAAAGAUGGCGUAGGAAGAGAAAGCAGUAGGCGAAAUUUCCAGCAGCGGAAGAACCGGAAACGGAAGCCGCGCUGCGCAGACGCAGAAUGCAGGUCACCGGCAGACAUUGUAUUGGAGCGGGAGGGGGUCUGGAGCCGAGUACCGUUUGGAAUGCAGCGAGCGCAGUCCUGCAAGACGGAUCGCAUUAAUAUGAAAAGAAUAUUAUUGAAAUCAAGAAGGUACAACAGAGGGCAACCAGAAAGAUACAAGGACUCGAGCACGUUAAUUAUUUACAAAGGUUGGAAACAGAGUUCUACUUUUCUCUGUUAA